AUGGAAGCAUUUGUGGGAAUUCUCGUAGAUACUUUGAAUUCCAUGAUCGAGGACGAGCUUGGAUUGCUUUGUGGCGUUGCAACCAACAUGCAAAAGCUUUCGCGCUUGCUCUCUACCAUCAAGGCAGUACUUGAAGAUGCUGAACAGAAGCAAUUCACAAACAAGCCAAUACAACAGUGGCUUCAGGAGCUCAAUGUUGUUUCCCAUGAAAUCGAUGAUGUAUUGGAUGACUACGCAGCUGAAGCCUCAAGAGUCAAGUACAAAAAUUCUGGUCGUUUUAGUUUGAUGUGUUACCUUGUAGCAGGAAACUUAGUGUUUCGUCACAGGAUUGGGAAAAGGAUGAAGGAGAUCCUUGAAAAAUUUAAUGCAAUAGCUGAUGAGCGAAUAAAGCUUGAUUUGAGUGAUCAGAAGCGUGGGAGCUAUUUCAAUGCAAGCCUUGAGACUGGAUCCAUGGUAAAUGAACCUGAAGUUCUUGGAAGGGACGAGGAAAAAGAGCAGAUUGUACACAUCUUGAUGAAAGAAAAGGAUAGAGAGGAUCAAAAUGUAUCAGUGCUCCCUAUAGUGGGUCUUGGAGGCCUUGGAAAGACAACACUUGCCCAAUUGGUGUUCAAUGAUGAGCGCAUAGCCAAGCAUUUUGAGCUAAAACUCUGGGUUUGGGUUUCAGAGGAUUUUGAUGUGAAGAGGAUUAUAAAUGCCUUAAUUGAGUCGGCGGAAGGGACUUCUGCUGAAGCUUCAGAAUUGGAUCCCCUCCAAAGAAAGCUUCAAGAGCUGUUGAGAGGGAAAAGAUACUUGAUUGUACUGGAUGAUGUCUGGAAUGAGAAUCCAGAGGAAUGGGAGAAACUGAAAUCUGUUCUGGAAUGCGGAUCAAGAGGUAGUUCAAUUGUCACGACAACUCGUAUGGAGAAGGUUGCCACAAUAAUGGGAACAUUACAAACACGUCAUCUGUCGAGUUUGUCAGAGAUACAGUGUUGGUCACUAUUUAGGCAACGAGCAUUCGGUCGUCAAGAGGCUGAAGAAUAUCCUAACCUUGUAGUUAUCGGAAAAGAGAUUGUGAAAAAAUGUGGUGGUGUUCCACUGGCUGCAAAGGCUCUCGGAGGCUUUCUACGAUUUAAAAGGGAAGAAAAUGAAUGGAACUACGUGAAAUGCAGUGCAAUUUGGGACUUAUCUGAAGAUGAAACACAUAUCUUGCCCGCAUUGAGAUUGAGCUACCUUAAUCUUCCAGUACAGUUGAGAGGUUGCUUUGCAUAUUGUGCAGUAUUUCCCAAGGGCUCUGAAAUUGAAGAAGAAGAGGUAAUACAUUUGUGGAUGGCAAAUGGAUUGAUUUCAUCUAAUGGAACGAUGGAAGUGGAAGAUGUUGGUGCUGCUGCGGUGACUGAACUACAUCAUAGAUCACUGUUCCAAGCCGUGGAGAAAGAUGUGUUUGGCCGUGCCCAUGAUCACACUUUUAAGAUGCAUGACCUUGUCCAUGAUCUGGCUCGAUCCGUAAUGGAGGCUAAACACGGUGGAAGAGAGUCAAACAGAACCAUGAUAUUGGGUAUGCCAGAUGAUCAGCUAACAGUGGCUUUUCCUAUUACAAGCACAGGCACUGACCAGUUUUCUUCUUUCAUGCCAAAAUGCGGUUCCCUGAGGGGGCUCAUUGUAAGGUCAACAAGGUGGGGAGAAGGGUUUACAGAGCUGCCACCUGCAAUAAGCAAACUAAAACAUUUAAGGCAUGUAAAUCUUUCAAGAUCUGACAUUGUUGAACUACCCAAUUCAAUUUGUGACUUGUGGAAUUUGCAAAUUUUAAACCUGAAUGGUUGUGGUAGAUUUCGGAGCCUGCCCAAAGGCAUGAGAUUCCUCAGAAAUCUUCGACAUCUUUGUCUACAGGGGUGUGGAGUUUGA